GCAAGCUGAGGGGGCUCUCUGCAAGCUGGAGGGAGCCCUGCCACUCCACAAGCCACAGGGUGCUCCUUGCCACCUCACAAGCUGGAGGGGGCUCCUAGCUGUCCCAUCAGAUGGAGGGUGUUCCCCACAUCAGCUGCAGCCCUGCCAGCCAGAGGGUGCUUCCCAGCCACCCCACCAGCCACCGGGUGCUCCCUGCCAAACCCCUCCCUGCAAGGCCCCGUGGCAUGAUGCCGUUAGCUGAGUGUGCCAUGCACAGAGCCAGGUGCUGCUGCCAUGGGGACUGGUGCCUGCUCCUUCCCCUUUGCAGCAGGGAACCCUGGAUGCCCAGUGGGGUGUCUGGGUGCUUGAGAGGAAAGAAGCUACCGCUCAGGGAUGAGUUGCAUAGGCAGGAGAGGGGCCUUGUUUUCUCUGUGGUUUGAAGCCAAGUUAGCUAAUGCAGUUGACCAACUUGAGCCAUGCAACAGCCAGAAAUUCAGGGGUUAAAUUCACUAUAUUAUAAAUUGAGGAAAAGGACUAAGGAACAAGUGAUCCUACCAAAUUCCCCAUGAUCCCAAGGCAUGGAAAGAUGAAACUAGGCACUGUGAGUCACUCCAGAGAGCAGUGUCUUAACGGUGAGGCAGCCAGGAGGCAAGAGCAGCAGUCAGUGGCAGAGCGAGGAGCAGAGCGCUGUGGAAUCUGGCUUGCUGGUGAUGGAGAACUUCUCCUCUUCCCCUUCUCCCUUCUCUGCCAGUUCUCCCACCGAGCUGGCUGGGAACGCCACUGCCCACGAUCACUACUCCAGCCUGCAGAAGAGCAUGCAUAUCCUUUCCAUGGUGGUAUACAGCAUCGCCUGUUUGCUGGGGGUGACGGGGAAUGGCCUUGUCAUCUGGAUUGCAGGCUUCAGGAUGAAGAAGACGGUGAACUCCGUAUGGUUCCUCAACUUGGCCAUCGCUGACUUCAUCUUCACCUUUUUCCUGCCCCUCAGCAUUGCCUACACUGCACUGGGUUUCCACUGGCCCUUCGGGAAGCUCCUGUGCAAGCUGAACAGCACCAUCGCAUUCCUCAACAUGUUUGCCAGCGUCUUCCUCCUGACGGUCAUCAGCAUGGACCGCUGCGUUUCUGUGGCCUUUCCCGUGUGGUCUCACAACCGCAGGAGCCCGGAGCUGGCAGCCAGGGUUGCGCUGGGGACGUGGGUCCUGGCUCUCCUCCUCAGCUCCCCGUACCUCGUCUUUCGGGACACUGCGGUCAGCUCCAAGAACAUCACCAGCUGCUACAACAAUUUUGCGCUGUCCGACGACUACACGUCUGAGGCAACGCGGAGGCUGUGGAGGAUGCGGCUUAAAGCGAUGAUUGUAACGCGAUUCUUAUGCGGGUUCCUCAUCCCUUUCACGGUGAUUCUCAUCUGCUACAGCAUUGUUGCUGUCAAGCUGAAAAGGAGGCAGUUAGCCAACUCUGCAAAGCCAUACAGAAUUAUCAUUGCUGUCACAGUCUCCUUUUUCCUCUGUUAUUUUCCCUACCACGUCUUCUCCUUGCUGGAAAUAUCCAAAAACUCUUCCAGUCAUGAGAUGAAAAUGGCUCUUUACAUAGGGAUCCCCCUGGUUUCUAGCCUUGCUUUCUUCAAUAGCUGCAUCAACCCCAUCCUGUAUGUAUUUGUGGGGCCGGAUUUCAAGGAGAAGUUUCGCCAGUCCAUCCUGUCAGCCUUUGAAGGGGCCUUCAGCGAGGAGUCCAUCCUGGCCAGCAGGCGGAAGUCCAGGUCCGCUUCGGAAGUGGAGGUCCCGAGGGCUUGAGCGCUUUGUGCUGCGUUGCCGGCUCCGUUGGAGAGGGGCAGUUCUCUUCUCUGCUGUUUCCCUUCAUUUCAGAGCUAUAAUUGCCAGACGGAAGUGUGAUUUGACAUUUUGGAGGUAUCUCAAAUCUGCCAUGACUUAAUAUACUAAAGAAAUGAAACAACUGGUUGGAGUUGCAGCAGGGUGGGAAAGUCAAAGUAGCAGCAUUUUGUUCCGUAUGCCCCUUCCUUUGCUGCCCAUUUCACUUCUCCAUCCUUUGUGGUCCAUCAUACCUAUGCGACACCUCCUUUGUAUACAGACCAGUGUGACUUUUCUGCCACUUGUGCUCGUUUGUCAGCUGGGUUCCUUAGCACUGAGCGUAGUUCAGAGUAUUUCGUGUCCAUUGUGCCCGUCUGCUGUGUGUAAAGCCCACAGGGGCUUUGCCCUGCCUUGCCAGCUGUCUGUCACUGUGUUU